CUUCCUGGAGUCAGCAAAGUCCUGAUUCCUACCUCUGAACCUUGCUAGAAAGUUGAGGCCGAGUGAGGCGGAAGCUCCCACCACCUUGGCAGGAGGGUACUGGCUUGCUGCGUCCGCGGAUCCUUCCAAAAACAGAGCUGAGGACCCUGUGUGUGUGGUCAGACCAGCCUGGACGUACAGGGAGAUGCUGGUGGCACGGUGACUGAGGCCUGACUGCCGGAGCUGUGCAGACCCCACGUUGCCCAUGGAACUGCAGGCGUGGGGGGCCUCUCCCCAGCAAGAAGCCUAGGCCCACAGUGGAGGCGUCAGGAGACAGAUGCCCCCUGGGGUCUCCUGAGAGGCCCAGUGGGCGUGUGUGCCAAGGGUAGAGGAUGCCGGCCAAGGGGUGCUACUCCCUCAACGAGGGCGAGGAGGUUCCAGACCAAGACGCACUCUACGAGAAGUAUCGGCUCACCAGCCAGCAUGGGCCGCUGCUGCUCACGCUGCUGUGGGUGGCCAUCUCUGCCUGCAUUGCCCUCAUCAUCAUCGCCUUCAGCCACGGGGACCUCUCCAAAUGGCGGGCCGUCCUGGGCACGGCGUUCCUGACGCUCGCUGUGUUUGCGGCUCUCUACGUGCUGGUGUGUGUCGAGUGCCUCCUGCGGCGCUGGCUCAGCGCCUGGGCGCUACUGGCCUGGGCCUGCCUGCUGGCCCUGGGCUACGUGCUUGUGCUUGACUCCUGGAUGAAGAAGGCCUGUGCGUGGGAGCAGGUGCCCUUCUUCCUGUUCAUCAUCUUCGUGGUGUACACGCUCCUGCCCUUCAGCAUGCGGGGAGCCAUUGCCGUGGGGGCCAUCUCCACCGCCUCCCACCUCCUGGUACUCAGCAUUCUGAUGGGGGCCUUCACGACACCCAGCGUCCAGGUGGGACUGCAGCUGCUGGCCAAUGCUGUCAUCUUCCUGUGUGGGAACCUUACCGGUGCCUUCCACAAGCACCAGAUGCAGGACGCCGCCCGGGACCUCUUCACCCACACCGUGAAAUGCAUCCAGACCCGCCGGAAGCUGCGUGUGGAGAAGCGCCAGCAGGAGAACCUGCUGCUCUCCGUGCUGCCAGCCCACAUCUCCAUGGGCAUGAAGCUGGCUAUCAUUGAGCGGCUCAAGGAGCACGGGGACCACCACUGCAUGCCUGACAACAACUUCCACAGCCUCUAUGUCAAGCGGCAUCAGAACGUCAGCAUCCUUUAUGCGGACAUCGUGGGCUUCACACGGCUGGCCAGUGACUGCUCCCCCAAGGAGCUGGUGGUGGUGCUGAAUGAGCUCUUUGGCAAGUUUGACCAGAUCGCCAAGGCCAACGAGUGCAUGCGGAUCAAGAUCCUGGGUGACUGCUACUACUGCGUGUCAGGCCUGCCCGUGUCUCUGCCCACACACGCCCGGAACUGUGUGAAGAUGGGGCUGGACAUGUGUGAAGCCAUCAAGCAGGUGCGAGAGGCCACAGGUGUGGACAUCAACAUGCGUGUGGGCAUACACUCGGGAAACGUGCUGUGUGGUGUCAUCGGGCUGCGCAAGUGGCAGUAUGACGUGUGGUCCCACGACGUGUCCCUGGCCAACAGGAUGGAGGCAGCCGGAGUGCCUGGCCGGGUGCACAUCACAGAGGCGACGCUGAACCACCUGGACAAGGCAUAUGAGGUGGAGGAUGGGCACGGGCAGCAGAGGGACCCCUACCUGAAGGAGAUGAACAUCCGCACCUACCUGGUCAUCGACCCCCGGAGUAAGCAGCCAACCUUGCCCAGCCAGCACCUGCCCAGGACCAAGGGGGACGCUGCGGCCCUGAAGAUGCGGGCAUCUGUCCGCAUGACGCGCUACCUUGAGUCCUGGGGGGCUGCGCGACCCUUCGCACAUCUCAACCACCGUGUGAGCGUGAGCAGCAGUGAGACCCCCGUCCUCAAUGGGCAGAGGCCCAAGGCCAUUCCCCUGCGGCACCGCCGGGCCCCUGACCGGAGUGCAUCCCCCAAGGGGCGGUCGGAGGACGACUUGUACGAUGACGAGAUGCUGUCAGCCAUUGAGGGGCUCAGCUCUACGAGGCCCUGCUGCUCCAAGUCUGAUGACUUCCACACCUUCGGGUCCAUUUUCCUGGAGAAAGGCUUCGAGCGAGAGUACCGCCUGGCUCCCAUCCCCCGGGCCUGCCAUGACUUCGCCUGCGCCAGCCUUGUGUUUCUCUGCAUCCUGCUUGUCCACGUCCUGCUCAUGCCCAGGAUAACGGCUCUAGGCGUGUCCUUCGGGCUGGUGGCCUGCAUGCUGGUGCUGGUGCUGGGCCUGUGCUUUGCCAGUGAGCUCUUGCGGUGCUGCCCAGCCCGUGGAGCGCUCCGGGUCAUCUCUGAGAGGGUGGAGACGCAGCCCCUGCUGAGGCUGUCCCUGGCCGUCCUGACCAUCAGCAGUGUGCUCACUGUUGCCAUCGUCAACUUGCCACUGACACCUUUCUCUGCCCUGGAGAUGCCUGGUGGCAACCUGACAAGCCUGCUGGACGAGGGCAGUGGGGAGAGGGCCCUGUGUGAGCGCCUCCUCCCGUAUUACACCUGCAGCUGUGUCCUGGGCUUUGUCACCUGCUCCGUCUUCCUGCGGAUGAGCCUGGAGCCGAAGGUCGUGCUGCUGACCGUGGCCCUGGUGGCCUACCUUGUGCUUUUUAACCUCUCUCCAUGCUGGCAGUGGGACUGCUGUGGCCACGUUCCAGGGAACCUCACCAACACCAACGACACUCUCAGCAGUGUCCCCAGCUGUUCCUGGAAGGAUGUGAAGACCAUGAUCAAUUUUUACCUGGUCCUGUUCUACGCCACCCUCCUCAUGCUCUCCAGACAGAUUGACUAUUAUUGCCGCUUGGACUGUCUGUGGAAGAAGAAAUUCAAGAAGGAGCAGGAGGAGUUCGAAACCAUGGAGAAUGUGAACCGCCUCCUCCUAGAGAACGUCCUGCCAGCCCACGUGGCAGCUCACUUCAUUGGUGACAAGUUAAACGAGGACUGGUACCAUCAGUCCUACGACUGUGUCUGUGUCAUGUUCGCCUCGGUGCCCGACUUCAAAGUGUUCUACACGGAGUGUGACGUCAACAAGGAGGGGCUGGAGUGCCUGCGCCUGCUGAACGAGAUCAUCGCAGACUUUGAUGAGCUGCUGCUGAAGCCCAAGUUCAGUGGUGUGGAGAAGAUCAAGACCAUUGGCAGCACAUACAUGGCAGCUGCAGGGCUCAGCGCCACCCCAGGGCACGAGAACCAGGACCUGGAGCGGCAGCACGCCCACAUCGGUGUCAUGGUGGAGUUCAGCAUCGCCCUGAUGAGCAAGCUGGACGGCAUCAACAGGCACUCCUUCAACUCCUUCCGCCUCCGAGUCGGCAUAAACCAUGGACCUGUGAUUGCUGGAGUGAUCGGGGCUCGAAAGCCUCAGUACGACAUCUGGGGCAACACGGUCAACGUGGCCAGUCGAAUGGAGAGUACUGGGGAACUUGGGAAAAUCCAGGUUACUGAGGAGACAUGCAUCAUCCUCCAGGGCCUAGGUUACUCUUGCGAAUGUCGUGGGCUAAUUAACGUCAAAGGCAAAGGUGAACUUAGGACUUACUUUGUCUGUACGGACACUGCCAAGUUUCAAGGGCUGGGGCUGAACUGAGGGUUUCUGCUGGGCUCAGAACAAGCUGGGAAGCUGGUUUCCUUCCCUGAAGCAUGCCCAGGAGAAGACAGCCUCACAUCAGUGACAAAGGCGCUCAGAGGGCGUGGCCAUCGCCACCUCCGGGCAGGAGGCUGUGCAGGGCUCCUCUGGACUUGUACUAGAGGAUUCCUUGGACCUGCACACCAGACCCCGGUGAGAAGCGACUACUGAGGGGUGACCAACAGUGGCAGCGAGAAUCUCUGAUGGCGGAAAGGGGUCAUGGGUGCAACCGCCGUACUUGCUGCCUUGAGAUCUUUGUUCCCUGAGGUACUGCGGAGGUGUCUUAGAACAUGACCAAAAUAGACGUCCAGCUCAGGGGCCCGUGAGCAUGCCCAGCCAAGACCUGCUGUCUGUGGGCACAGAGACCGGCUGUGGUGACUGCAUGUAGACGCCCGUCUCCUUAGCAGGCCCGGCUGGGGAUUCUGUUGUGGCAAAUGGAAUUGGAAAGAAUUUUACAUCUGUAAAUGGUUUCAAACAGUAGAGAGAAAAGAUGAACAUUCAUUACUUCUUGUCAUCCCUGGCAUGUGUUUAUCCAUAAUAAUGGAUAAUUAUUAAUGGGGUUUCAUUCUUUCUGAUGACUUCUUAGGACACUAGACAGUCUCUUCCCUCCAGAGUAUUCUUUGCCUUUCUAACCACUGACAGGUGAGCGGGACUGCUGUCUGGGCAGGGCCAACUGAGGCAGCACUCUGGGGUCAGGUUCAGUAUGUGAAAGCCUGGAGGUAAGUGGCGACCUCUUAGCUCUGUGCUGACUGCUCAGGCAGUUUUGAGCCCCCUGCAAUCUUCCAAGUAUGUCUUACAAUUUUACUGGACAGGAAUGGAAUCAGGAGAGAACCUGAACCACCUGUUAGUACUUCCUAGUUUCUAGUGUUCACUGCUAACUCUGUAGAGCAGGUAUCCUCAAACUUUUUAAACAGGGGGCCAAUUCACUGUCCUUCAGACUGUUGGAGGGCCGGACUAUAGUUUAAAGAAAAAACUAUGAACAAAUUCCUAUGCACACUGCACAUAUCUUAUUUUGAAAUUAAAAAAACAAAACUGGGGCGGCGCCUGUGGCUCAGUCAGUAAGGCGCAGGCCCCAUAUACCGAGGGUGGCGGGUUCAAACCCAGCCCCAGCCAAAUUGCAACCAAAAAAUAGCCGGGUGUUGUGGCGGGCGCCUGUAGUCCCAGCUACUUGGGAGGCUGAGGCAAGAGAAUCGCUUAAGCCCAGGAGUUGGAGGUUGUUGUGAGCUGUGUGAGGCCACGGCACUCUACCGAGGGCCAUAAAGUGACACUCUGCCUCUACAAAAAAACAAACAAAAAAAAAAACGGGAACAAAUACAAUCACACCACCUCAUGUGGCCUGCGGGCCGCAGUUUGAGGACCCCUGCUGUAGAGCUUAAAACAAGAAGGACCCACUUGGCGAGAGCAUACGUGAAGGUUCCUGUAUUUGGGAAGCUGGUCCUCUGACAGGUACCUAUGUUCUUGUUUUGAACCUGAAUACGUCAAGACAGAUAUAAAAGCCAGGUGGUAAGACAGCAGCUCACCCUGCUUUAGAUUCCACAGGGAAUGGGAAAGAUGUCAGCCUGUUUCAAGGUGCUACCAAGCUACGGAUUUUUUCUGAUCUGACAUCACAGCUGGAAGUUACUCCAGUGGCCUCGUCAGCAGAGCAUCCCCGGGAUUCCUAAUACCAUAUGCCUUUCUGUCUAGCAGGGAUUCUUAGCCAGACAUUACCCGUGAUGUUACACAGAAAAUCCUGUACCCAGGAGCCUCCAAAGACCACAGAGGGCUGCAGACUGUGACUGACCAGGAAGUCCUGGUCCUUCUUUUCCUGGACUCAGGAGGUCUUGAGAUGAGUUGCUGUCCUAGUUGCCCAGGACAGAUCUGUCAGCCCGGGAGGGGGUGGGGUGAUUAUAAUUUGCAUGAAGGUGCUGGGUGCAGCAGUAGCAGCGGCUCUGCUGUGCUGCAUGUUAACUGGAAAUCAGUACAGAUGUAGUCUGAGAGCUCACUGUUAAAAGGAAUUUUAUGGCAAAAAUGCUGGUAAGGGAAAUAAGCCCAGCUUAAAUUGCCCUUUUUAUACACCUUUUCACAUAAAGGGCUGAUUUCACUGAGUGCCCUACUGAAAUCUGUGCUCUCAAAAUCUAGCGGUGACCAGGCUCCUGGUGGGGCUCCUCUGAGAAGUCAGGAAGGUUCUGUUGCUGAUGUGAUGCAGGUGGCUCAGGGCAUAGGGCUGCUGAGGUUGGCGUGUUUCUACUGCAGUAUUCAAGUUGCCUUUUUCUUUACUAACAGAAAUCCCAGUUGGGAGAUUUAAAAGAUGAUUGGUUACUAUUCAUCUGUUUUUUUUUUUUUCUUUUCUUUUUUUGGCCGGGGCUGGGUCUGAACCCGCCACCUCCAGUAUAUGGGGCCAGCACCUGUGGCUCAAUCUGUUUUUCUUUACUUCCAACCAAAGCACUGUGCUCAGAUAAGAAAUAUUUUCUAAGUUUUUAGUUUUUAAUGUUUAGGUCACAGUGUGUAAUAGACCAUAAUAAUCACCUGCAGUUAUUUUUUUUACAAAUCUGUUUUCAAAUUAUCGAGUAAAUUCUUCACAGAUUAUCAUUUGUUUUAUGACAGAAACAAGUAUUUUCUAACAAUGACCUUCUCUAUGGGUCAGGGACUUAAGAGUUCCCCUACAGUGGCCUCACUGAUUGGCAAAUGUUAAUACCUGAAGUUUUCUGGUUUACUUAUUAAGAAAAUUUCCUAAUAGAAAAGAUGAUCAUUAACCAUUGUAUACUUUAUGUAUAUAAAAGGUCAGUGUACAGAAAACAUACAAGUAACUAUAGAGUUUAUUAUAUAGAGAUCUGUAAUGUGUUUCAAAAUGCUGUGACCCAUUUGUAUACAGUACCAGACAUUAGCUGCUUUUUAUACAUUAAAUUAGCAAUUUAGAAAACCUCAGUGUCCUAAAGGUAUUGUGAAUUUAAAUCUUUUCUUGGUCUUGAGGAAUUUGCCAAAGUAGAUCUGGUUACCCCAUAAAGUAUAGGGUGGCCCUUGUAUUUUACAGAUUAAAAAAAUUUGAUAAAUAAUAAAAGUCUCAGCAUAACUAA